AAAAGUCAGUUAUCGUUAUAAUAGGUUAAUUUGUAUAUGGGGAUAAUCUUAAUAGGUUAAUUUAUAUAGGAAUAUAUUAUCGUGGGGUAAGAUGGGACAGCGCUUAAAAUCCGCGACCAACUAAACACAUUGCGUAAGGAUGCGCGUAGUAACAGUACGCUUUUAUCGGAAAUGAUGAUAACGGAAAUAUCGGAAAUGAUGAUAACGGAGACACCAUACAAUAUAGGUUGUAUACACUAUAGAAAGAAAGCGAUAGACUGAAUAGACCUGAUUGCAAGUUAUCAUUAUGGAAUACUCGAAAAUGACAUCAGAGAGGGCUCGGGAAACUGUUGAGACACUAUACGGAUUUAAGGUAGCAAGCGUUAGUAAACUCAACAGUUACAAUGAUCUUAACUUUCUAAUUUCAACUGAAGAUGGAAAUAAGUUUACUUUAAAGGUUACAAGUAAUUCUGCAGGACAACUAGAAAGUUUAACGACAAUAAUCGACGUUUUAAAUUUGUUGGUAAAGAAUGGAAUAAAAGUUUCUGAACCUGUCCCAACAAAGACAGGAAAUAUAAUUCAAACUGAUGAACAGGAAAACAUCAACAUUAUUUUAUUAAAAUAUCUUUCUGGCAAACUGCUUGAAAACAUUCCAGUCAAACAAAACCAACUGAAUGAUAUCGCAUUUGAAUGUGGAAAGCUGUUUGGCCAAAUUAAUCAAAUACUGAUCACCUACCCUGUUAAUGACAGUCACACCAGACUAGAGUUGUCAUGGAAUUUGUUAAACACUUCAGCUACUCACAAAAAUAUCCCAUUUAUUGAGGAUAAAGACCUACAGAAACUUUGCAAAGAUGUGAUGGCAAAAUUUGAAGAAGAAGUUUUAACUAAACUGUCUUCGCUACGGAAAGGUUUGAUACAUGGUGAUGCAAAUACAAGUAACAUUAUAAUGCAACAGCUGUUAGGUGGGGAUGGAAUGGACCAAUGUUGGGGAGUAUGUGGGGUCAUUGACUUUGGGGAUUCGCAUUGCAGUUACUGUGUGUUUGAAGUUGCAAUUAUGCUUACAUACCUAAUGGUGAAAGCUGUCAAAUGUAACUGUGAUAUGUUCACUGUUGCUGAGUAUGGGCUGAAAGGUUACCAAACAGUUUUACCUUUAGGUGACAAAGAAAAAGAUAUUUUAUACAUUGUAAUUGCACAAAGAUGUGUUCAAUCUUUAAGCAGUGCUUCAAAAGAAAUAUGUGACCAACCAGAAAACACUGACUACAUAAUGAUGGAUUUCUCUGCUGUAAAAACUGUUUUGUUAAAUGUGAAAGACAGGAUCAAACUGGUUUAAAUUGUACCUUGCUAUUUCAUGUAUUCAAUUAAUCUAAAUCACAUAUAAAUAUAUAUGCAUUCACUUGUAUUAAAUGACAUAAAUAUAUGUGGUACACUUGUGUUAAAUAUUAAAACAACAGUCAUGUAUAGAAUACACUUACGGAUAUGCAUGCUAAGAUUGCUUUUAUGCUAAGGGGUUGGGAGUCCCAUAGUAUUUUAUUGUAAACCACAAACAUUAACCUUACAUACUACCUGAUGUUCGGCAACCUAUAUUUCAAAAGUAUGCCAAAUCCCAUAAGAUUUACGUCUUACCAAAACUACCUUUUUUUGUAUCACACAAUUCUUUACCACAUCGUAUCUUCAGUUGUUUUGUACAUUAGAAAAAAAGUAUUAUACUUGCUGUUCUAAUGGAAACAUUUGUAUAAUGACAAAACAUGUAGUGAAAAUGUAUUAUUUUAAUUGUACGUGACAUUCCAUAUAGCUGCUACUCUUGCAAAACUAUCUUAUGUGCUUACUUUGUUAAUUUAAAUACCUGUUGUGAAUAUAUCUCAACAAUCUAGCAAAUCGUUAUGUAUAUUAUUCAGCCUAAUAAUAUCUUUGUGUUUUGUUCUAUGCAUUCCUCAGUGGUAUAAAAAAUAUUGGCUGUAUAAAUAAACUGUCUUCUGCUUCA